GGGCGCCACGGCCCGGCCCGGCCCGGCACAGCCCGCACCGCCUCGGCACGGCACGGCACGGCACGGCUCGGCUCGGCACGGCGGGGAGGACGGUGCGAUCCGCCGCGGCCGGCGAUGGGAGAUGGAGGGAGCCGGCGGUGCGGCAGAAGCACUUGUGUGGGAUAACGAUGUAUCGGCUCACGCCCAGAAUGUUGCCAAGGCCAAAUAUGAAUUUUUAUUUGGCUUGGAAGAAAAGAAGCCUUCAGAAAUGGGUAGUGGCCGUGGAAGCAGCGCUUUGCUUCCUCACACCAUCAUCAAUGAAUUUCCAGAGUAUGGCACCGUGGAGCCAAGCAGACAUGAGCCAUCAGCUUCACCGACACGCCGCGCAGAGCCCGUGACACGCCAUCCAGAGAGACGGGACAGUCACCACCACACCAGGCCCGUUCCUCAGUGUGCAGCUCCUGCAGACGAUUCCAGACCUGAUGCUGGGGCAGCGCAGCUGCACGCCCCAGAAGAAGGUUUGCAACCUGCGGGUAACCUGCCAGAGAUUACGAAGGUCUCUCGACGGUUAGAAGCAACAAAGGUGCAGGAGAGAACAAAUACUUCUCUCGAUUCAGAGACGCAAAUGGAAAAAAAGAGUGCUACUGGCAGCCAAAAUGCGCAGGCAGCCAGAGAGCCAGUUCCAGGAGGCCAAGAAAAACUCUCAGACAUGCCUCUUCCUUCUGAACGAACAGCUGAGGAAAAAAAGCAUUUGGUCGCAGAGGAAGGUCUGGCUGCAAUAUGGACUGGAGAAAAGCAGUCCGAGCCCUUGCAAGGCAUUAGUAACAAAGCUGAGGAGGUCCACGCGGUGCAGGGACAAAGCUGCCACAGACCAUCUGCGACAAACCGGGAAGCAGCCAGGAGAGUGGAGGGGUGGGCUUGUUCCGAGGAGUUUUCAGGGUACAGUCAGGGUAAAACGCAAAUGGGUCCUGAGAGGAGGCUCGCUAAAGAGGCAGCUGGGAGUAAACAUGUAGAAUUUCAAGGGGUGGAGAUUUUAUGGCUGCAGAAAGCUGAGGAGCAGAGAAGAAAGAAGCACUCACUGGUGGACUCUUCGUCUGUGGAGAGAAAGGCAUUCCCCAAAACAUCCAGCCACCCUGCGUCGCCAGUGGUCUCUCCAGGCCUGCUCUCCUCGCCAGACAGCGCAUGGAGUGAGGUCUGUGAGGACCCAAGGCUGGGACCCACUGCAUCUGGAGCUGCCCCUCGAGCACCACCCAGUGAAAGCGAGAAGGAUGAAGUUCCCAUGAAGGACAGGAGGAACUGUGGCGAGGAGGAGGCGUCUGUGCUAGUGAGAGGACAGGGCAGGAUGAUGGAGGAGGGCGAAGCAGCCGCAGGAGGAUAUGAAGAUUUCCUUGGGCAGAGGCAAUCCGACGUCUCCACUGAUCUGUACAGCUCACAGUUCGAAAACAUCCUAGACAAUGCAUCUCUGUACUACAGCGCAGAGUCGCUGGAGACCUUGUACUCGGAGCCUGACAGCUACUUCAGCUUUGAGAUGCCACUCACUCCCAUGAUCCAGCAGCGCAUGAAGGAAGGCGGGCAGUUUUUAGAUCGGACAUCAGCCUUGGGGCAGCCAGAUGUCCCUGACAGGGAGGUGAAGGGAUGCGGUGAAGGCAUCGCCAAUGGCUUAAGGGAUACAAGCAAAACACUCUUCAAAGGAGAUGUCACAGAAGUCCCUCAUCUGGAAAGCGAUGUUGAUCUGCAGAAUGUGGUGUUAGACUCCAGUGCUGCCAUGGGGAGCAAUGAACUUCAGGAGAAAGAUGCCACUGGAGCCCUUGGCCACGAUCUCAGCAAUGGCAGCAGCAGCAAUUUGGAAGCAGCCAGGCGCCUGGCUAAGCGCCUCUACCAUCUGGACAGAUUCAAACGCUCUGAUGUGGCAAAGCACUUGGGCAAAAACAAUGAAUUCAGCAAGCUUGUGGCCGAGGAGUACCUUAAGUUCUUCGACUUCACAGGCAUGACGCUGGACUGCUCGCUCAGGAGUUUCUUUAAAGCCUUUUCGCUUAUGGGAGAAACUCAGGAACGAGAGAGAGUUUUAAUCCACUUCUCCAGCCGAUACUACCAGUGCAACCCAAACACGAUUUCUUCUCAAGAUGGAGUUCACUGUCUCACCUGUGCCAUGAUGCUGCUGAACACAGACCUGCAUGGCCACAACAUUGGGAAGAAGAUGACCUGCCAGGAGUUCGUUGCUAACCUUCAGGGGAUGAACGACGGCAAAGACUUCCCGAAGGGGCUGUUGAAGGCCCUCUACAAUUCAAUCAAGAAUGAGAAGCUGGAAUGGGCAGUGGAUGAAGAAGAGAAAAAAAAGUCUCACUCAGAUGGUACAGAUGAAAAGGAUAACGGGAGCCAGACAAAGGCUGUCAGUCGAAUUGGCAACUCAAAUAACCCGUUCCUGGACAUCCCUCAUGACCCCAAUGCUACUGUGUACAAAACUGGAUUUCUGGCCCGGAAAAUCCACGCUGAUAUGGACGGAAAGAAAACUCCCCGGGGAAAGCGAGGCUGGAAAACCUUUUAUGCUGUGUUGAAGGGAACCGUCCUGUACUUGCAGAAGGAUGAAUAUAAGCCCGAGAAGGCUUUGUCGGAGGAGGAUCUGAAGAACGCGGUGAGCGUGCACCAUGCGCUGGCGUCCAAGGCAACAGACUAUGAGAAGAAGCCCAACGUCCUCAAGCUUAAAACAGCAGAUUGGAGGGUCCUGCUUUUCCAAGCCCAGAGCCAAGAAGAGAUGCAGACCUGGAUCAACAAGAUUAACUGUGUGGCUGCUGUCUUCUCUGCACCGCCGUUUCCAGCGGCAAUUGGCUCCCAGAAGAAGUUCAGUCGCCCGCUCCUGCCAGCCACCACAACAAAGCUAUCUCAGGAUGAACAGCUGAAGUCCCAUGAAGCUAAGCUGAAGCAGAUCUCCACUGAGCUUGCUGAACAUCGCUCCUAUCCUCCUGACAAGAAGCUCAAAGGCAAGGAAGUAGAUGAUUACAAACUGAAGGACCACUACCUGGAGUUUGAGAAAAACCGCUAUGAGAUUUAUGUCAGCCUCCUGAAAGAAGGAGUGAAGGAGCUGCUGAGUGGAGGAGAGAACGAUGCGCCAGGACUGAAGAAAUCCCACUCAAGUCCUUCUUUGAAUCAGGAGUCUCCAGUUAGUGCCAAGGUGAAACGCAAUGUCUCGGAGAGGAAGGACUACAGGCCAGAAACACCCAGCAUCAAGCAGAAGGUCACUUAGGGCGGAGAUGACAGCGAGGGGAACAGCCAUGCAGCAAAGUACCGGUGGUCAAAAUUUUUUUUCAUUUUAAUAACCUGUCAUUCACAAAAAAUAAGUGCAUCUGCCUGAAUGGGGUGUUAGUGACAUUUUCUAUUGUAUAUUUUGCUGUUUCUGUGCAGAUUGUGGGAGAUGUCUUUGCUCCUGCUUUGCUUUGCUUUGUUGAUUUAUCAUUUAGCAAUUGAAGCAUCGGGACUUUUUUAUGUUGUUCUGUUUCUAAAGGAGCUGGGGGAGGGGUAGAGCGCUGUGACGUAUAUUCUGUCUCUUCCCCGUUUAUCUCCUCCCAUCGGCAUGUGGCUUUCAUCUCUCAAGUCACUUGUCACUUUAUUUACGUGGUGGGUGGGAAAAAUAACUGGACAAGUGCUGCAGUGCUGUGAAUGUAAGCUGUAGCUGCGAGAAAAGCUGUGCAGCUGCAGAAGCCUGGCUAGAGCCUGGGGUGCUGGGAACACUAGUUUCCUGUCAAUGUGGGGCAUGGUACUGGUACUUAGCAGCAGGUGCUACAGUAAAUAGUCACUGUUGCUUAUUGUUACUGCAUUGAGGCUGAACCCACAAGUGUGAAGGAACGAAACCUGGAAACCUCUGGCGAUGCUGGGAUGACGGCAUUGGAAUAAUUUGUUUGCUUCCUUCCAAGCAAAGUCUUCUCCUGAGUUUGCAGGCUGGAAUGCUGGAAAGGCUGGAAAGCAUCCAAACCCGUGCUGUCUCUGCUGUCACGGAGAUUAGGGUUUACCCAGCUGGAAUGACUCUCUGGGUUUUACAUUUAUUUGCGGAGGAGGCUGCUGUAGAAUCAGCCAUUAGCAUUAUAUGUUAAAAACAAAGGGCCUCUGUGUAGUUCUUAACUAUACGCUCUCACUUAGCUGCUAUAUAGAGCCUUAUGAUAUAUUGUGUCCUGUUGCUUCCCCUUCCAGGAGUUUCCUUGUUGGUGUGCACGGAGAGCUUCUUUCGAUUCCUCUGAUAGUGACAAAGCACUUUGUCUUUUUUCUUCAGGAAGGGAUUCUCCUCAGUUCUUUAUUUUCCUGCUUUAGCUCACGUAUAGGUGGAAGAAGCUGGUGCAGAGCAGAGAAGGGGACAGACAUGUCCUUUUUGCAGACCAGGGUUUGAUGCUGUCCUGGCUACUCUGUGCCUGGAGGCCAGCACAAGGCAGCCUCAGCUUUGUCAGGUCGUACCCUCCACCCACAGAGAGCAAGCCCUGCUCACAGAUCCUGCAUUCCCUCUUCCAGGCUUUCAGAGGAGAGUGCAAGACAGGGAGACACCACCAUGAGUAAGAGCUUUCCAUACCUGAAAGCCCACAAACCAUUGGGGUGGCCAGCAGUUUUCAGGCAUAGAGAGUAGAAAGAUGACAUAGAAAUUAUUUUCCUGCUUCCUAGCCGCUCUUGCCUGGUUCUCCUGUUACUUAACAUCCUGGGUUUCAAUCUCAGGUCUGAUACUGGCUGACAGGGUGAGCUUGGGACAGGUCUCUCCCAUUUUGACUCACCCUUUUCCAUUGUGGAGUAGUACAGCCAAACUGGCCUUUCCCACAGAGUACCUUGGUACGUAAUGUUGAGGACCAUUUGAAAAUUGUUUCUUGCUGUUAUUUUUGUUGUGCCUGGCACAGGACAGCCUUCCUGAUGGAUGCAAUUCUUAAUGUAUAUAGAAAUGUCAAGAUCAAUGCAAGGACUGUUUAGAAAUGCGCUGGUGUUUCCAGCCCAAGUAGUCGAAGGGCCACACAUCAAAAAAAAUUGCCACCUGAGUGGAUUUGUGCUCUGCCAGACCUCCCAAGGGUCCAAGUCAAUUAAUCUAGCUUAUUGAACUGCCAGUUCAGUGGGCGGAACUGGGAGCGAUCAAAGAGAAAGGCCCUUGACAGACACCGCAUAACUUGCCUCCCCCGCUGAGUGCAACAGCUUUCCCAGUGUUGUGCUGACUCUUGGCUGUAACGAAGGUUUUGCGCUUUCAGGUGCUGGGAGGUUUGGGAGCAACUUGGUCCUUGCAGCUGCAGCCUGGCAGCGGAACCAGAUGGUACCAUUUUCAUAAGUGAUGUUGGGACGCAUCCGGCAUCUGCCACUGGGAGUGGCCACUCCAUGGUGAAAGUCGUGAUGUUGGCCCUAACCUUGGCAGCGUUGCGAAAAGCUGCAGAAGUUAUUCAUUCUUACUAAGGUGGAGUUAACAUUCAGUCCUCCUGAAGGAGAGAGAUGCCUACUGCUGCUGGAGCCAAAGGGAUGUGGUGCAGCUUGUUGGGGUAGGGAGGCUCGGGGUAGACAGGUACAUGAUAGGGUUUAUUGGGAGGGAUUAUUUGCAUUAAUUAAGAGUGGUAGAUCAGCAGCUCGUGGAAGGGAAAGAAAAGCUAGAUGUCUGCAGCUGUUCAUCAUGCUCUAGAGGUUUAAAACAAACGAGUGGAACAGACAGAAGAAGAAAUUCGUUUGGGGAAUGCCGAAUGCGCAUUGGAGAAGAAAACUUGACCUGUCUGUUGUGGUUUAGGAAUGGUAUUCCCCAGUUUAGUGUUCCCACUGAGACUCUCCAAACCACAUGCCACUUGCUCACUUCCCCCUUCCCCUCCCCUUGCAGCAGGCUGAAGAGGAGAACUGGAGGCAUAAAAACGUAAAGCUCACGGGUUGAGAUAAGACCAGUUUUACUGGAAACAGCAAUGAGAUAGGAAAAUUAACAGUAACGUCAACAAUAUCAAUAACAAAGUAGACAAGAGAGGGAAACAAUUCACAGAGGAAAGUUCUCCAGCAGAGCCUGACAAUACCUGACCUCUUGCCCAUCCCUGAAAAAUGAUGUGGGUGGUAUAGGAUAACCUCCUGGUCCUAGCCGUGCCCCCUCCUGGCUACUGCAGAAAUUAACUCUGUCCUGGCCAGAACCAAGACAUUGUCUUGCAUAACAAUGUUGGGACGCAUGCAGCAGAAACAGAACCAAAAAAAUGCAGAUCUGUAAAUGGGCACUGCUAGGCUGUCAGGGUGGGGGUCACUAGAGGAUCUUUUUGAAGGCAGGCUAGAACAUGCUUAGCAGACCUCUUGUGGUUAUGGAGUGUAGUGGUUUAAACGCCAAAGAAGUGACAUUUGACUUUUUUCCCCUCUGGGUUUUGACAUAUUCUGGUUGCUGUAGACUUCAGUUAAAUUGCUGAACUCAAAAAGAAAUUACUCCUGUUUAAUGCAUUUUCCAGCUGUGACAUGGAAACUAUCAAAGUCAUUGCAGAGAAGACAAUUUGAGUCAUAUGAAAAAUCAAAAAGUGAACUGCGAAAGUGAUAUUUUUUUUCAUUAUUUAUUCUCUGUUUCCAUGUAUACUUGUUAAUGGAUUAGAUUAUAUUUUUAAAUCUCAUCUGGGCUUAUCAAAUGCAGUUUUUCACUGCAUUUUUUAGUCAUUUAACCUUUGUUGAUCUUGGAGUACUGUUGGUGAGACUGCUGAGGCAUGCAGAUUAGUUUACCCAGAAUUUGUAGGUCCUGCUCAAGUUUUAAUUAAUACCAUUUUACUCUGUUAUUUUACAAUCUGUAAGCAUCCCAGGCACCCGUGUAAAAAUGCGCAUUUUGGAGGCCAAGCAAAAAAUGUGAUUCUGUUGUGGAAGGCUCCUGUCCUCCCUUGGGAAUAGGAUCAUCUACCAAGCAGUACUGCAAUACCUGAUGAUAUUAUACAGAGUGGAGCAGGUUCUCAGGAGGUUUCAGCAGUGCAUCUCCUUGGGUGGCAGCACUGAGGGUGUGGCCAGGUAGCUUUGUGUGGUACCCUCCACCUUUCCCUUCUUUGCUGAAGCGUUUGCCUUUAGGAGAAAUCAGUGCUCGACCUCAGCGACUCAGGACCUUUGGUUGUAGUAGGUAAGGAUACUCUGCUGUUUUCCAGCCCUCCUCUGGGACUCAGCACGCACCAGAACUGCGUUUCAGUGAGCAGCCUGCAGCUUUCUGGGGGUGCUCAGUGUAAGCAGGGAGCCUCCACGAGCAUGUGUGCGUGCAGGCGAGCCUUUGCAGUGAUGCAGGGAGGCGUCGUCCUUCCCUGUGAGCCUCGCUGCUGCAGUGUGCAACCAUUGCCCAGGCAAAGCCUCUGCCUGCAGGCUGAGAGGAGGGGUGCAAAGAGGGGAGCAGGAUGGGGCCAGCAGCUCCUCACUUCCCCCCAUUUCAUGGUGCAAACAGUGGUUCUGGAGGAACCCAGAAGCAUUACUGGUCGCUCACCCUCGAGGGGCUGAACCAACUUCUACCCCCAGCUAAGGAAGGAGAGACAGGACAGGGCCUCACUGAUCCACACCUGAGAGCAGAGAGGUGAGGGAGAAGGGGAAAACUGCCUUCCCCUCUCCCCACUCAGCAACCAAGGAAGGUGAGGUACUCUCCUGAAGCCAAAACCACUCUUUACUCCGUGAGUCAGCAGGAUGCAGGGGUCUGGUUGAAGUGGUUUUCAUUCGUCAGUGGCUGCGAAAGAGACUCUCUGGACUGGCUGUGUGUUUGUGUGCAUCUUGCAGAUAAAUCAUGCAUGGACCAGUGAACAUGACUACAGCUUCUAAAUCCAGUAUUUAUGUUGUGUCUUUAAUUGAUGUAGAGAGAUAAGUCAUCCAGCAGAGUGAUUAAUGCGGCAGAGCUGUGGGGGAACGCUGUUCAGCUGCGACGCCGACUCAGGCAGUUUUUCAUCUGUAGCCAGUCACUUGUAAAUGGUUACCACAAGCUUUCUAAGGGUUAGUAACAGCUCAUUGCUCUGAUCCCACGUGCUCUCAGUCUGUCCACGUUAAGGGGCUCUCCUGGAGCGCAGUGCUCAACGCAGCCAUGGUUUGAGCUGGAGCUUGGCCUCGCAGCCCUCCCGAGACUGGAAUUUUUCAGUGGCUUUGCACAGCUCCAGUGCAUUGAAGUGACAAGGCUGGUUACUCUUCUGACUUGAAACAGCCAAAAUUUUUGCCUUUCUCCAGUGGGGAAAUGAGGUUGAUUAGAGCAGGCCGUUCAGUGAGGAGGUGGUUGAGGCAGUGGAGAAGGCUAAAGGUGACAGGGUUAUCACCAGGCUUCUUGAAGGCAUUGUGUGGCGAUGUUCUCCUUGAAAGUGGUGAAGGCUUUUCUCUGCACAUGGCAUACUGCUUACUGUGUCUGCAUUCUCCAUUCCUAAAUGAAUUUUGGUCUUAUUGCAGUUAGUCUGACAGCUCCUCCUCCUUUUCUGUCAAGCUGCUCCUGUCUGUCAUCUUAGCACCUCAGCUGCUUCUGUAUAACAGGUCUGUUUCCUUCCAUGCUCGCAGAAAUCCAGAAAAUUUGGCUGUCCCGUCUUGCACUGAGAAAACCUGCUCUGAAGCAGUGCUGCUGCGUUGAGUGGAUAACCCCGUGAACAGCUUUCUCGCUCUGCUUGUCGGUAGCCUGUGUUUCCAGCCACAGUUAGAGCUGGGAGGUGCGAGACCGAGUUUUAGACUGCCGUGAUCCUCCAGUGUUGUUCUGCAGGGAUGCAAAGUCCCCUCUCCCACGCUCAGACCAAAACACUUGAAACAUUCCGAGUCUUCUAGUAUCCAGGUUGUUGGAAACACUGUCUGCUUUUGCAGAGGCAAAGGCAGCAUACACAGCUUACGUCAAGUAGUCUUUCAGCUUGAUGCUUGUUUGAAGUUUACCCAGUAUUGCUCUCCCCGGGCUCUGGGACAUCACAUUUGCUCUGAGAGGGCAGUUAAUAAGUCCACAUUUCUCACCAGAGCACAACCAUUGCUCCCCAGCAUGUGUUCCCAGCAUGUGAUACCUAGGCUGCCUAGAGGGAUGAACUGUAGAAGCUUUUACAAAAAGAGCUAGUCUGUAGCUUGUGCUUUUUAGAGGAUAUUUUUAGUAUGUAUAGGAUCAGUAUGCCUGGCCUCUCUUCUCUCCCAGCAGCAUCGGGGUAAUACAGUGAGUGGCUUCACCUGGAGCUUCACGGUGGGGACCUGAGCUCCAGGAAGCCAUCAGAGAAAUGGCACCACCUGAGCUGAGCAGCAGUGCUCACAACGACAGUGAUUCUGUAGGAAGGAAAUGAGCCAGUGCCACCCUCCACGGCUGCUCACCUGCUGGAGACUGUGUGCUCAAGCGUGGCCCUCAGUGCUGGGGGUUAUUGGAAGCACUGUCUCCCUUUUCCCUCUAGAUUGUGCUGCUUGAGGAACUGUCCCUACCACCUGCUGCUUUUCUCACUUUGUGACAGCAGCACCCUUAUCCAGGGGUGCCAGAGUCUCUUUGUGAGCAGACUGGUUUAUGUGAGAGCGAGGAGGACAGGUCCUUGGAAGAAGUGUCCCAGUGCCAUCUGGGAGUAUCUGCUCUGCUGAUGGCAACAUCCAGUUGAACAGUGAAAGCCUGAGACCAUGUCCCUUGCUCAUACCUUUUGUUAACUGCACUGAGGUUGUAUUUUAGGUAGUUAUUAGAGCCCUUGCUUUACCAAAUGCAAGCAGCAGCUUUCCCAAAGGCUGCACCAUUGACCUGACUUUGCUCCUGUGAUCAGAAAGACCCAAUUUAGGCCAGCUCAAAGCAUUCUCUCUUCCUCCCCUUUGAACACUUAGCUAUUCCAUAAAAAUGAUAAAAGUUUAAAGAAUGAGGGACCUCCCAUGGCAUCUGCUAUUAAAUCUGGGCCAGGCACCAGCUGCGGUACAGACCAGAGGUUUAUUUGGACCAAUAAACCAUACAUCACUUAGCAACGCAAGGGUUGAAAGCGCUACAGACUACGAGGGAGUGACUUUCCUCUGACAUAAACUGUCGUAAUUAGUAGCCACUCUGUAGCAGUGAUCUUGUCUGUAACUCACCUAAAGGAGACCAUCACAGCAAGAUACUUUUUGUCUAAGCAGGCAAGUUUUCAGGUAGAGCUUAGUGGAUAUCAUGGCGUAACCACAGAGCAGCCAGCCAAGCUGCCAUGGAGACUUGUUUGACACCAAAUCCUCUGACUCCCCUGAGGCUUUUGCUGGGAGAAGGGGGAUCAGUGAUAUGGAGCCUGUGUCACUGCAUAGGGCAAACUCUAUUGGUAAUAUAAGUCUUAAUUCACUUACACUCUUCUGGAAACCUCAUGCUCAGUGCUAUCAAAUUCUGAAAGACUGUAGGAUGAGAACAGGGGUGGAUUGUGGUUCGGGUUUUUUUAAAUUUGUACAUAUUCGUGACAACUAUGUGCUCUUACUCACUACUAGGAUUAUAAUUUGGCUGAAAGAACAAGAGUUUUUUGGGGAGUUUGAAAACUUUGAAAUCACUGGUCUCUGGGUGAGGUACACUCUGAGGCUUACAUUGCUUGGUGAACAUGUUUAAGUGAUGCCUAUAGAUGUGUGUAUAUAUUUCAUAGGUAUAGUAUGGCUUCUGUGGCACAGCACUUCAAAGCCUGCUGUUCUUUUCUGAGGCUUGUUUUGGUCAAAAGCACUUCAGCAGCUGCAAACAUUAUUAGGAUGCUCGUUGUUCUAAUUGUUCACAAAUGAGGUUAAGCAGUCAUCAGAGCUUUCGCAGAUUUAGGGUAUCUCUUGAGCUGCCUUGAUCUCCAUGUGUUGUCCACCAGAGGCUGCCUGUUGCUCUGCAUGUUGAAAGCAAAGGCAUACAUUUCAGAGUCUUAAGCGUGGGUUAGUGGGUGGGAUUUUCUGCCAGCUUAAUACUAGGCUGACUUCCUCCCUCUUUGUAUCAGCCAAUGCCUACACCGGGAGCAUCCGUGCUGACUUCUGAAAACCGUGCUCUGGGGAUCUAAUACACAGCUUUACUUCUGAAAAUGUUGACCUUGCUCUGUGAACAUUCAGCAAGGGGACAUCGUGUCUGAAAUUGUCCAGGAAGGACAGGUGCCUGUGAUGUCUUCUGCAGAUACAGCCGUACAGCAGUAUUGAGGGUUUUUUUUCUGCAGCUGUACAGAUUUCUAGAAGACUGGCUCAUCAGCAGGGAAAAGAAGAGCAGCAGGGCUGAAAUGUCUCCCUUGGGCAUCUCAUAUACCUCCCAGAGGUUUCCCUUGGGAUCUUUGAACAACCUAUUAAAAAGUUACUGGUCUGAGUUAAAAGAUGUGAGGAAACCCAGUGGGUUUUCCUGUUGUGCUCUAGUCAGGGCAACACUAGCAUGAUCUGCAUAAUAUAGAGCAAAGCCUGAGGGUGUGAUUCUUACCUGGAGUCAUAAAACUCUUUCGAAUGCAGUUAGUUUGAAGCACUUGAGCAACUUCAGUGAACCUCUGCCUUUGCAGUUCACUGGACCACGGUCAGAGUGAUCAUGUCUUGGAGAACUGAGACACGAGUGAACUGCAGCUCAGAAUGGUAUGAAGGGGGACAUCCCCGUCACCUUGCUUUGGGCAAGCUGUAGUCUUGUAAUCCUUUUUCAGGCAAUGAGCUUCUCCCUUGGGUUUCCUGCCUCCCAUGGUGAUGUAGUGGGAAGAUGUGGGUGAGCACUGUUGCACUCAGAGUUGCAGUUAAGAAGCAUCAUUUACCUUCCACCUGAGCUGUUGCAGUGUGGCUUUCACUUAGGCUGAGAAAGAGGAUCGAAUUUUCAGUCAAUGUUGCAUGGCAGCCAUACAGGAAGCAUAACUCUUGGCAGUGGUAGUACAGAAAAAGGUUUUGCACAUGCCUGUACAUACACCCUAUACAUCUCUUGUGUGCAGAACCAAAGUUACAGGGCCUGACAGCAGUCCUUGCAAGACCUUUCCUCUGGGUGGGCUCCUAUCCCUUUUUGCAAAGUGUAGGAACCUUCUUUCUGAUAACCUUGAACUCAGUUUACUCUUGUUACUGAAUUGCUGGAGUGUUUUUCAUUCAACACACUAGAGACGCAGUCCCAGUCUCACUGCUUUGUGGUAACUUCUUGGUCUGCUGUGAAGCAGCAUUGAAGUAACCACCAAAUCUUUUCCAGCAGCCUGGAACUUGCUGCUCUGACUCUUGGGGAGGUCAUCAUCUCAGGUUUGAUGUUGUCCUACCACCAGGACACCCUGUUUUGUCCCUGGGAACAUGCAUGGCCAGAAAAGCAUACUUGGCAGGUCAGAGUCAGAGCUGUGCAGACUUAAGUCAAGCCCUGGUUCAUGGGAGAUGUUUCCACGUGCUGCUGAUGUCCGUAAGGACUCAAACAUAUACUUGCUUACACAGAGAUGCUUUCCUGAAGCAGAGUUGUCACUCUUUUCUACAGGUAUCAUGGGAUGCCCUCCCUUAUUCUGCUUCAUAUAUCUGGUACUAGAAUGAUCAUUUCCUGGUAAAUGAAGGCACUUAAUCAGUCCUCUUCCCCUUGGAAGAAGGACUUUUGGGGAUAUUGUUAUAUCAUUUAAAAUAAUAUUUUGGAAUUUAAGUUUACAUUGCUUUAUUUUUCACUUGAGGUGACUGUAUAUAAAUAUUUUCCUCUAUUUUAUCAUUGCUGAUAAAGUAAGCCUACAGUAUACAGACAAAUAAUUUGCCUUUGAUGUAUUGAAACUGUGAGAUAUAAAGUAGACUUCUCUCGUGUCCAUGUUCCUGACUAUAACUCUGUUCCUCUGUGUUUUUAUAAGUUGGAAUAAAUGUUGCUUACGGGCAACAAAGAGCCUGCAAGCCUCCCAAUAAUUUUUAUGUCAUUGAAAUCAAGCAACCCUAUUGAAGGAUCUCACAUAUGUAUAAUGAUAUAUGUAUAUGUACAAACUUUAGAAAGAAAUAAACCAAAUGUAUUUCA